AUGAUUUGUGGCAUAAUAAACAGUAGUCAUCAACAACAUGACCAAAACUCAACUAUUAUGUGGAAUGAAAAUAAUUGGGCUUUAUCUUGUGAUUUCAAUGGAAAUGAUAUUUCUCAUGUUAUAACCUUAUCAGAUGAUUGUGAGAAAAAAUGCUUUGCAACAUCUGGAUGUACACAUUAUACAUGGAAUCUAUACAAUGGUGGUACGUGUUGGAUGAAAAACAAUAAUAUUUCGAAAGCCGAUGCCUUUUCAACCAAUAAUUCAAAUACGAUAUGUGGUAUAAUAACAUCAGAAAAGCAUUAG